GGAGAACCGAGCAAGCGGGUGGGCAGGCGGCAGCCAUAUUAUCAGUGAGGUGUCAGUAUUGUCUGAACGUGACGGGAUUUUUGGGUGUGGAUCAUACAAUUUCCUGUCGUUUUCUGCCGCGGCCAUAGUGCAAGUGCAGGUGCCACUGGCCUACCGUGAAUGUGUGGCACAUGCGUGUAGAAUUCGUAUCUUAUAAACACAAUAAUAUUGAUAUUUUUCGUUGUUUAACUCGGGAAAACAAAAGCCGCCACAAUGCCGAAGACGAUGAACGUCAGGGUAACGACAAUGGACGCCGAGUUGGAGUUUGCGAUUCAGCAGACGACCACCGGGAAGCAAUUAUUUGAUCAAGUUGUAAAGACGAUCGGACUACGUGAGGUGUGGUUUUUCGGACUUCAGUACACGGACAAUAAAGGCGACUUGACGUGGAUUAAACUUUAUAAGAAGGUGAUGAACCAAGAAGUCAAGAAGGAGACUCCUUUGCAAUUCAAAUUCCGCGCCAAAUUCUACCCGGAAGAUGUUGCGGAGGAACUCAUCCAAGAUAUCACGCUGCGUCUUUUUUAUCUUCAGGUAAAAAAUGCCAUUCUUACGGAUGAAAUCUACUGUCCUCCGGAAACGUCUGUACUGUUAGCUUCCUACGCGGUCCAAGCGAGGCAUGGCGAUUAUCAAAAAGGUACUCACACUGCUGGUUUCUUGAUGAACGACCGUUUAGUGCCACAACGUGUCGUGGACCAACACAAGAUGAGCAAAGAAGAAUGGGAAAGUUCCAUCACCAAUUGGUGGCAGGAACAUCGUGGAAUGUUGCGUGAGGACGCAAUGAUGGAAUAUUUGAAAAUCGCUCAGGAUCUGGAAAUGUAUGGUGUGAACUAUUUCGAGAUAAGGAAUAAGAAAGGUACAGAUCUCUGGUUAGGUGUCGACGCUUUGGGACUGAACAUAUACGAGAAAGAUAACAAAUUGACGCCAAAAAUUGGUUUCCCCUGGUCCGAGAUCAGAAAUAUUUCGUUCAAUGAUAAGAAGUUUAUUAUUAAACCGAUCGACAAAAAGGCACCGGACUUUGUCUUCUUUGCGACUAGAGUUAAAAUCAAUAAACGAAUUCUGGCGCUGUGCAUGGGAAACCAUGAACUGUAUAUGCGUAGACGCAAACCGGAUACAAUUGAUGUGCAACAGAUGAAGGCUCAAGCAAGAGAAGAAAAGAUUGCCAAGCAGCAGCAGAGAGAAAAGUUGCAACUGGAGAUUGCCGCGAGAGAACGUGCCGAAAAAAAGCAACAGGAAUACGAGGAGAGACUUAGGAAUAUGGCUGAAGAGAUGGACAGGCGGCAAGCUGAAUUGAACGAAGCUCAAGAGAUGAUCCGACGUUUGGAAGAACAACUGAAACAGUUACAAGCUGCGAAGGAAGAGUUGGAGGAUCGCCAGAAGGAACUCACAGCCAUGAUGGAAAAACUGGAACUUUCGCACGAGAUGGAAGCAGCAGAGCGUGCUAAACUUGAACAAGAAAUAAGAGCCAAGCAAGAGGAGGUGCAACGUAUACAAUCAGAAGUGGAAGCAAAGGAUGCAGAAGCAAGGAGACUGCAGGAAGAAUUCGAGGCUGCCAAAUUGAGGCAAGAGGAGGCUGAUCGAGCAUAUCAAACUAAUACAACGCCACACCAUCACCACGUCGAAGAAAACGACGAAGGUGAAGAAGAAGGUGAAGACGAGGUUCCUCACGGUGACGUUACUAAGGAUCUUGCAACUGAUGAGUCGAUAAUUGACCCAGUUGAAGAACGGCGCACUCUAGCAGAAAGAAACGAACGUCUUCAUGACCAGCUGAAGGCAUUGAAACAAGAUCUUGCACAGUCACGCGAUGAAUCGAAGGAAACUGUUAUGGAUAAAAUUCAUAGGGAAAACGUUCGUCAGGGUCGUGACAAGUACAAGACGCUCCGUGAGAUUCGCAAAGGCAAUACCAAGCGUCGUGUCGAUCAAUUCGAAAACAUGUAAAUUAUGUAUCCAUUUGCCUCCUAUUUGCCUGCCUAUUUCGUCCCACUUUGAAUUCUCUUCCAAUUUCGUGAAUACAUACAUGGAACUCGGUAAUCGCUUACUAUUUAUGAAAAGACAUACCAGAUUCUCUGAUUGAUCUAUACAAAGACAAUUUGUGAAAAGCAAAAUGUAUUGUUUUAUAAUAUUUUCUUUUUUGAGAUGUUUUGUGGUAUAAGUCGCUUCCAGUUUACGAGUUACGUAGUUUGUACGUGUAUCACUAUUUUUCGACGUCGAUUCUAUACUCUGAAGUACAGUUAAGCAUAAAGCUCUCAUGAUUGGCAAGGAACGCGACGAGCGACCAACUUGCGCCGUCUUCCACAAUUUGCUUCCGUUACUGAAAAAAGAAAAGAACAAAAAGAAUGUUUAUAUAUUUUUUCACAACAAGUAAAUUUUCUUGCUGUUUUAGUUGCCAAUUAUUUAACGUUGAUUACUAAUAAUAACUUCGUUACUUUUAGCUAUGUUGCUAGCUAAUGUUGUUUCUUUUCCUUUUCUCUUUUUUUUUCUAACGAUAGCCCUUUUGCUAAAAUAACAAGAAAAUGCGUUACAUUAUUUGUGAAUAUUAAUUUUAUUUUUAUCUAACCAGUAUAUACUGUUUCUAAGCACCGGCGCGCCAGUAUUUUCUUUGUCAAAGUAUUACUGUUGGUCACCGAGCGUAACGCCACAUGUUGACUCUUUCCGCUGGUUACCUAUUCGUCGCGGUCCUUAUCACGUCACGUAAUGUCCGUCCUUGAUAAGGAUUUGCCCGACUAAAAUAUUUUAUAUUGUUAUUCGUGUCAUCGCUUGCUUUCGUUAAUGAAUUAAUAUUAUUUUUUUUUUGUCGAUAGCGGUCGCUAUACAUCCACAGCAUGUUUAUGUACACUUUUCAAUUUUAUUCUCACUCGUCAUUUUAUACCAGGCAUGAUCAAGUGGGUGCUCGCGGGCUGUAUUAAGUUACGUCUUUACUUUCUCAUACCACCGAGCUGUAGGGAAACCUAUGCCAUACUGGCUUUUUAAAUUUCUAAAUUUCCAAUUCUUCUACUUCUCAGUUUUUGAAUAUCCAAAUUUCUGAAUUUGAAAAUGGGAUUUGCUGGCAAUGUAAAUGGUGGCAAUAUAACAAGAAAUGCACUUGGUCAUACUUGAUUUACAGUUUCGGAGAUGAACCGAAGAUGAGCAAUAGAUGAGUUAAUAUUUUAAAGCAGCACGAAUCAGUCACCAUUAUUAUUUAGUGAUUUAUAAAUAAUCCCCAAAUAUUAGUCUAAAAUAGGUUCAUAAUGUACACGCGACCGCUUAGUUUAUGAAACCCGAAUGAUAUCCGUCUUUACAGUAAUAUAGAGAAGUUAAGCACGAUGUAUGAACUGUUAAAAAAGAUAUAUAUAUAUAUACAUAUUAUAUACUUUAGUACGAA